AUGGGCCCAGCUGGUUGUGUCUUCCUGCUGCCCCUUCUGCUGGGGAUCUCAGGCGCCAGUGAGGAGGAACCAGAGAAUCUCCUGAAGUCAAUCUGCGGGCGCCCCGCCGUCUCAUCUGGCAUUGCCUCGGGCAGGGAGGCCAACGUGGGCCAGUGGCCCUGGCAGGUCAGCGUCCGCCAGGGCCUGCUUCACAUCUGUGCAGCCACCCUCAUCUCAAAGCAGUGGGUGCUGACCGUGGCAAGCUGCUUCCGGUCUAAGGACACCAGAAAAUACCAUGUGUUGGUGGGGUCACUUCAGGUCUCUGAUCGCCCAAGCUCCAAAACAACGGCAAUCCCUGUGUCCAGGAUUAUCCCCUACCCUCACUUCCAGGGAAACACAACUAGUGCCAUCGCUGUGGCAAAACUGGCCUAUCCAGUUUCUUUUACCCCUGUUGUCCUGCCCAUCUGCCUCCCCUCAUCUGCAGUACAGCUCAAGAACUCAACCUCCUGCUGGGUGACUGGAUGGGGCUAUUCUGGAAUGCACCAACAUAUGAAGCCGUCUUAUAUACUGAAGGAGCUGGAAGUGCCCCUUAUGGAUCUCCAGACAUGCAGUGACUACUACCAGAAAGCAAACCUGCGUGGAAUCAAGUCCAUCAUCAGUGAAGCCAUGAUCUGCUCCAAGCUCCCAGUGGGGCAGACAGAUCAGUGUAUAGGCAGUAGAGGUGAUCCCCUGACGUGUAGAGUGGAGGAUUUCUGGGUCCUGGCAGGAGUGGUCAGCUGGGAGUCAAACUGCAUCCAAAACAAUGAGCCUGGAAUAUAUACAAACAUCAGUUUCUAUAAGUCUUGGAUUGAGAAGUCAGCCAUUUCACAUACUGACUUUUCUGCUGUCAUCAGUCUGUACUUCUCUGGGCUCCUCCCUGUAAUGCUUCUACCUCUCAUUUUCCUGGGGCUACCCUAA